CCCGUUGCUACUGUUUCCUUGACGAAUUCCGAAUUCGGGCCAUCCAACCUGCAAAACUAUAGAAGUCCGUCUUUUUCAAUCUCAUCCACUCCAGAAUUCAAAACGAAUUCAACAAUUCAAGAAAGCAUUCUGAAACAAGAAUCCCAAAAGAGCUAUUAUAAAUUAUCAUUUCCAGUAGCAAUGGAACACCAAAUCCAAUUCCUCCAGAAGGAAGCCAUCGAAAUAGACUAUGAAGCCUUGCCAGAAGACGCUUCGCUCGCUGCCCAUCUUGGGGCAGGUGCGUUGGCAGGAAUCAUGGAACACACAGUCAUGUUCCCCAUCGAUUCAUUGAAGACCAGAAUGCAAAUCGCCACUCUGAAACAGGAGUUAUCUAGAGGUGUUGUAGCGGCUAUCUCAAAGAUUUCGUCAUCUGAAGGUGCGUAUGCCUUAUGGAGAGGUGUCUCCUCGGUCGUUUUGGGCGCUGGUCCAGCACAUGCUGUAUAUUUCUCAGUGUUUGAAGCUUCGAAGACGAUGUUGGUGCAGAGAUUGACCAAUUCUCCUCACUCCACCAAAAUAGUUACUGACGAAAACCACCCGUUGAUUGCAUCUGCUGCUGGGAUUGCUGCAACUACAGCUUCCGAUGCCUUGAUGACUCCGUUCGAUGUUUUGAAACAGAGAAUGCAGGCCAGCCCAGCUUUGAGCGGAGGAGGUCAAUCAACUUCCGUCAAGUUAUUCCAUACAGCUGCCCAGAUAUACCGUACAGAAGGGCUCUCAGCAUUCUACAUCUCGUACCCUACGACGCUUUUCACAAACAUACCUUUUGCCGCAUUGAACUUUGGCUUCUAUGAAUAUUGUUCCUCGGUGUUGAACCCGUCACAUUCCUACAACCCAUACUUGCAUUGUGUCAGUGGAGGCAUUGCCGGUGGUGUGGCUGCCGCCUUGACCAACCCGUUGGACUGUAUCAAGACGGCCUUACAAACUAGAGGGAUUUCUCAAAGCGAGACAUUGAGAAAUAUCAACGGUUUCAAAUCAGCUGCCACAGCCUUAUAUAAACACGCGGGUAUAUCGUCGUUCACAAAGGGUUUGAAGCCGAGAAUUAUCUUCAACGUCCCCAGUACUGCUAUCUCCUGGACCGCGUAUGAGAUGGCCAAGGAAGUAUUGUUGAGAAAGUGAACUCUCUAACUGCUGACGAUUUACGAAAAAGGAUGCUACCUCUACACCUCUCAUUUACAUUUAGCUGUGUAUUACUUGUACAUAUGUUUGCUUGAAUCGAAUCGUUCGGGCUGCUUUAGAGCUGUCUAUCAUCGUUGUAGUCGUGUAGUCGUUAAUUCGUAAAAUUAUAUGAGAUUGCAUGAGAUAUGAAAAGUAUACUUUUCCAUGAGCACAGAUCGAAUUCAUAUUAAUUCACAAUUCGCAAUCCAUUUUCUUGCUUCUAUUCAUGUCUGUAUUGCCCGGAUUAGGGCGUUCGCACGAGCAAUAUGGGCAAUCUCUCUUGGCUGGCGUGAAAGUCUUUGGGCUACAAACAGAAAUAUCACACAAGAUCCCAAGAAGCCUAAGAGAUUGAAAAAUGCUUUUCUUGAGUACAAACGUUCUUCUUCCUCUGUUCGAAACAGAGCAAAGAUACGUCUGAUGCUGGCUACAAUCAUCUUGUAUAUCCUCAUGAGCCCGUCAAG